GCCAGGGCCGGGCGGCGCCGACGCACUUGGCGGGAGAUAGGAAAGUGGUUCAGUGCGCUCCCUAGGCAGCUGCAGUUCUGGAAACGUGCGACAAAACCUGCAGACACGCUGACGCCUCAGAGCACCGCCUGGGGCCCGGAGUGGCCGGAGCAGCCUGAGUCCUGACCCCGGCCCGGCUCCCGCUCCGGGCUCGGCCGGCGGGCGUAAGGGCGCGGCGGGGUUCGGGCCGGGGGGAUGUCUCGGCGGACGCGCUGGUGCCUUUAAAAUACCCAGUGCCGGGGACUGGAGCAAUGCCUCAGCGUGAGGAGCUGGAUGAGUUACACUACCACGACCCCGACUCGGACCUCCUGGAGCAGAGAGACAACAAGUGUAAGGUCAAAUGGACCCACGAGGAGGACGAGCAGUUGAGGGCCCUGGUGAGGCAGUUUGGACAGCAAGAUUGGAAGUUCCUGGCCAGUCACUUUCCUAACCGCACAGACCAGCAAUGCCAGUACCGGUGGCUGAGAGUUUUGAAUCCAGACCUUGUUAAGGGACCAUGGACCAAAGAGGAAGAUCAGAAGGUCAUUGAGCUGGUCAAGAAGUACGGCACCAAACAGUGGACGCUGAUCGCCAAGCACCUAAAGGGCCGGCUGGGGAAGCAGUGCCGUGAGCGCUGGCACAACCACCUUAACCCCGAGGUGAAGAAGUCCUGCUGGACUGAGGAGGAAGAUCGAAUAAUUUGCGAGGCCCAUAAAGUGCUGGGUAACCGCUGGGCUGAGAUCGCCAAGAUGCUGCCCGGGAGGACAGACAAUGCUGUGAAGAAUCACUGGAACUCCACCAUCAAAAGGAAAGUAGACACGGGAGGUUUCCUAAACGAGUCCAGAGACUGCAAGCCUGUGUACUUGCUUGUGGAGCUUGAAGACAAGGACCACCACCAGAGCGUCCAGCCCGUGGAAGGCCAGGGAAGUCUCGUGAGCAGCUGGCCGCCGGCGUCCUCUGUCGUGAAGGAGGAGGAGAACAGCGAGGAGGAGGCUGCCGUAGCUGCUACCUGUGCUAGGGAGCAUGGGCGCGAGGCUUUCCCCGCUUACCUGGGAGAAGUGCGCACUCCAGAGCCCCCGGAAUCCCUCAAGCGUGAAUACCAGGAGGAGUCCUCCCCAGAAACGAGUCUGCCCUACAAAUGGGUGGUAGAGGCCGCAAACCUCCUCAUCCCGGCUGUGGGGUCCAGCCUCUCUGAAGCCCUGGACCUGAUCGAGUCGGACCCUGACGCCUGGUGUGACCUGAGUAAAUUUGAUCUUCCUGAAGAACCAUCUGCAGAGGGCAGUGUCAACAGCAGCCCAGUGCAGCCCCAGACAUCACAGCAGCAGCAGCAGCAGCAGCAGGCACUGCCCUCCCACCAGGCCGCCACACCAGGGCCCAGUGUGACUGAGUAUCGCCUUGAUGGCCACACUAUUUCAGACCUGAGCCGGAGCAGCCGGGGAGAGCUGAUCCCCAUCUCCCCUAGCACUGAGUUUGGGGGCUCAGGCAUUGGCACACCGCCUUCAGUGCUCAAGCGACAGAAGAAACGGCGUGUGGCCCUGUCGCCUGUCACAGAGAACAGUGCCAGCCUGUCCUUCCUGGACUCCUGUAACAGCCUUACCCCGAAGAGCACACCUGUCAAAGCCCUCCCCUUCUCUCCUUCCCAGUUUCUGAACUUCUGGAACAAGCAGGAUACCCUGGAGCUGGAGAGCCCCUCACUAACGUCCACCCCAGUGUGCAGCCAAAAGGUGGUCGUCACCACACCCCUGCACAGGGAUAAGACGCCCCUGCACCAGAAAUACCCAUCGUUUGUAACCCCAGAUCAGAAGUACUCCAUGGACAACACUCCCCACACGCCAACCCCGUUCAAGAAUGCCCUGGAGCAGUACGGACCCCUGAAGCCCCUGCCCCAGACUCCACACCUGGAGGAGGACUUGAAGGAAGUGCUCCGUUCAGAGGCUGGCAUAGAGCUCAUCAUUGAGGAUGACAUGAGGCCCGAGAAGCAGAAGAGAAAGCCUGGGCUGCGGCGCAGUCCUAUCAAGAAGGUCCGGAAGUCUCUGGCUCUAGACAUUGUGGAUGAAGAUGGGAAGCUGAUGUCGUCGAACUUCCCCAAAACUCUGUCCUUGCCAACCAGCAUGCCCUCCAGCUCCCCCGGCUUAGCCUUGCCAGGUAUCAAAGAAGAUAACAGCCUGCUCAACCAGGGUUUCCUACAGGCCAAACCCGAGAAGGCGGUGGCCGCCCAGAAGACCCAGAGCCACAUUCCAGCCCCUGCCCCUAUGACCCGUGCCUGGAAGACAGUGGCCUGUGGGGGCACCAAAGACCAGCUCUUCAUGCAAGAGAAAGCCCGGCAGCUCCUGGGCCGCCUGAAGGCCAGCCACACAUCUCGGACCCUCAUUCUGUCCUGAGGGCCUGGAGGGCCCAAGCCAGCUCUUAUGUUUACAGGGGUGGGGGUGGGGGUGUUGAAAUCACAUUUAACUGACCAGCUUCAGGAAGUCUUCUGCCAGCUCCUCAAGAUUACUCAGGUGGCAGAAGUCACGUGGCAUAUCCCUUCCCUGGGUCUAGCUUUGGGAAGUUCUUGGUGCUAAUAGAACAAAGUCCCACUCCUGGGCCUGCCUGUCCUCCACUCGAUGCCACAAGGAGCCCUGUCAGGGUCUCCCAGGCUCUCUUCCAGCCUGGCCUCCUCUCCACCUCCUGCUUAGGAUGGGGGUGUGGCUAGGGGUGCUCCUCUCAUCUCCUGUUGGUACACUGUCUCCACAAUAAAAUGCCAUUCUCCCCUUGCA